GGAUUUGAGGAUCUGUUUUGCUUUGUUAGGAAAAUUUAAUGUCCUCUUUCCCUCUAGGAUGCUUUAACAUCUUGAUUCCUGUUCUGAGUUGAGACUUCUGUAGCAAGACAUGGAAUGAUUAUGCACAUGGUGGGCAGUUGCUACUUGAGAAGUGAGGGUUGGUACAGUAGGCUUCACUAGACUUAGCUGCAACUCAGAAUCUCUCCUCCAGCACCUGAGUAAAUGCUGAUGGUCUUGUGGAUUAAGAGUACGAGCUAAAUUCUCAAUCCCAAUUGAGAAGCGGAGGAAAUUUAAAACUGUCUCCUUCCAAGCUUACCACAGCCACCACCAUCAAGACAGCAAACAAAGGACAAAGACUUUGAACCACUGUGUGCUCUGUGUAGUCCUGUUCACGUGUGCUUUACAGACUUGGCUGGGUUACUAAGUAAAUAAAAAGUUGGACGCUCUGUCAUUCGGACAUUUUAUUCACAAGUUACCAGAAUGAGGGCUGUACUGGAGACAGCAGACAUUGCCAUAGUGGCCCUGUAUUUUAUCCUGGUCAUGUGCAUUGGGUUUUUUGCCAUGUGGAAAUCUAAUAGAAGCACUGUGAGUGGAUACUUCCUGGCCGGGCGCUCUAUGACCUGGGUGGCAAUUGGCGCCUCUCUGUUUGUGAGCAAUAUUGGGAGUGAACACUUCAUUGGGCUGGCAGGAUCUGGAGCAGCAAGUGGAUUUGCAGUGGGCGCGUGGGAGUUCAAUGCCUUACUGCUCUUGCAACUUCUGGGAUGGGUUUUCAUCCCGAUUUACAUCCGGUCAGGGGUAUACACUAUGCCUGAAUACUUGUCCAAGAGAUUCGGUGGCCAUAGGAUUCAGGUCUAUUUUGCAGCCUUGUCUCUGCUUCUGUAUAUCUUCACCAAGCUCUCAGUGGAUCUGUAUUCAGGUGCCCUCUUUAUCCAGGAGUCCUUGGGUUGGAACCUUUAUGUGUCUGUCAUCCUGCUCAUUGGUAUGACUGCUCUGCUGACUAUCACCGGAGGUCUUGUUGCAGUGAUCUACACAGACACUCUGCAGGCUCUGCUCAUGAUUAUUGGGGCACUCACACUUAUGGUUAUUAGCAUGAUGAAGAUUGGAGGGUUUGAGGAAGUUAAGAAAAGGUACAUGUUGGCCUCACCCAAUGUUACUUCCAUUUUGUUGAAAUACAACCUUUCCAACACAAAUUCAUGUAACGUCCACCCGAAGAAUGAUGCCCUAAAAAUGUUGCGAGAGCCAACAGAUGAAGAUGUUCCAUGGCCUGGAUUCAUUCUUGGGCAGACCCCAGCCUCAGUAUGGUACUGGUGUGCUGACCAAGUCAUUGUGCAGAGGGUUCUAGCAGCCAAAAACAUUGCUCAUGCCAAAGGCUCUACUCUGAUGGCUGGCUUCUUGAAGCUUCUACCGAUGUUUAUCAUAGUUGUACCUGGAAUGAUUUCCAGGAUACUGUAUGUUGAUGAUAUAGCUUGCAUCAACCCCGAGCACUGCUUGCAAGUGUGUGGAAGCAGAGCUGGCUGCUCCAAUAUUGCUUACCCUCGCCUGGUUAUGAGGUUGGUUCCUGUGGGCCUUCGGGGCUUGAUGAUGGCGGUGAUGAUUGCGGCUCUGAUGAGCGACUUGGACUCCAUCUUUAACAGUGCCAGUACCAUCUUCACCCUCGAUGUGUACAAACUUCUCCGAAAGAGUGCAAGCUCCCGGGAACUGAUGAUAGUGGGCAGGAUAUUUGUGGCUUUUAUGGUUGUCAUCAGCAUAGCGUGGGUGCCAAUUAUUGUAGAGAUGCAAGGAGGCCAGAUGUACCUCUAUAUCCAGGAGGUAGCAGAUUAUCUGACCCCUCCAGUGGCAGCCCUCUUCCUUCUGGCAAUUUUCUGGAACCGCUGCAAUGAGCAAGGGGCUUUCUACGGUGGAAUGGCAGGCUUUGUUCUUGGAGCUGUCCGUUUGAUACUGGCUUUUACCUACCGUGCUCCUGAGUGUGACCAGCCUGACGACAGGCCAGGCUUCAUCAAAGGCAUCCACUAUAUGUAUGUGGCUACAGCUCUGUUUUGGAUCACGGGACUCAUUACUGUAAUUGUUAGUCUUCUCACACCACCUCCCACAAAGGAUCAGAUUCGAACUACUACCUUUUGGUCAAAGAAGACCCUGGUGGCAAAGGAGAGCUUCUCUCAGAAAGACGAGCCCUACAAAAUGCAAGAGAAGAGCAUCCUACGAGUCCCUGAGAACAGUGAGGUCAUCAACCACGUCAUCCCCAACGGGAAGUCUGAAGACAGCAUUAAGGGACUCCAGCCUGAAGACGUUAAUCUGUUGGUGGCAUGCAGAGAAGAGGGCAACCCAGGAGCUUCCCUGGGCCAUUCGGAGGCAGAAACACCAGUAGAUGCUUAUUCCAAUGGGCAAGCAGCUCUCAUGGGCGAGAGAGAGAGGGAGAAGGAAACAGAAAAUGGAAGCCGCUACUGGAAGUUCAUAGACUGGUUUUGUGGCUUUAAAAGCAAAAGCCUUAGCAAGAGGAGUCUCAGAGACUUGAUGGAUGAGGAGGCCGUUUGUUCACAGAUGUUAGAAGAGCCUCCGCAAGUUAAAGUGCCAGAGACAGCUGCUGCUUUGAAACGUACACUAGAAUCCCUGAUGGACCGAGGAGCCAUAGUGAGGAACCUGGAAAACCUUGGUGAGCGCAUACUUCCUUACAAGAUCUCCAGCCAUGGCCAGCAGCACCGCAGAGGCGGGUAUUUCUUGGUGGAUUUUUAUGCCCCAACAAGUGCUGUGGAAAGCAUAUUGGAUCACUUGGCUCGAGACAUUGAUGUGGUUAGACCAAAUGUUGUGAAACACCCUCUGACCCAGGAAGUAAAAGAAUGUGGUGGCAUAGUCCCAGUCCCACUUGAAGAAAAACUAUAUUCAACAAAGAGGAGGAAGAAGUAAGAUUUUCCAGAUUUCGGCCUUAUAUCGAGUCCUAAGUGCACAUCGGGUGCUGAUAGGUUAUUUUCUAGGAUGCUUUAGCCCGUGACCCUUCUGCUGCAAGAGGUGGGAACUGCUCGCUGAGACCUGCCCUGUCAUCACCGGUACCUGCAGACCAAUCUUGGUUUCUUUAGCAUUGUGUAAUUGUCAGUGAGGGUGUCCACCUCACCACUGCAGCAUUUGGAGAGAAAAUUGUCUGUUAUUCAUACUUGGGUGUCUUGCAAAACUAUAUGGAAAGCAGAGAGCAGAGUAAUAAACACGACUUUACCAAUCUGA